CAAAUCCCAAUAUCUGUGUAACGUUGUGUUGCAGACGUUGGGGAGGAUCUACUGAGCAUGUGUCAGAAGAACGUGAUGUUAAACAGACACCUGAUGGAACCUGCAGGUGGGGAGGUGCGAGUUCGUCUACUGGACUGGCUCAGACACGAUCUCUGCACAGACGCUGAUGCAGAGUUUGGAUGGACAGAGGAUGAAGUGGCAGAUCUCCAUGACAACACAACAAUUAUCAUUGCGGCUGACGUGUGCUACGAUGACGAUCUGACAGACGCGCUGUUCCGAACUCUGUACAGAAUCUGUAACAACCUCCGUCUCCCCUGUACUACAUACCUGUCUAUAGAGAAGAGGCUGAACUUCACUCUGAGACACAUGGACAUAUCAUGCGAGGCCUACAACCAUUUCCGCCACUGUCUGUGUGAGAUGCAGGAGCUAAGGGACGGACGGACAUGCUUCACAGUGGAGCAGGUCGCACCCUCUUUCCCACAGUGCCUGCUGUAUGAGCGCAUAGAGCAACUGGAGUUGUGGAAAGUGACAGCGGUGCCUGUCUGACCCUCUGAGGAGCUGACCUGCUCCUAGACCUGCUCCUAGACCUGCUCCUAGACCUGCUCCUAGACCUGCUCCUAGACCUGCUCCGAGACCUGCUCCUAGACCUGCUCCCUGACCUGAUACAUGGAGUUUUCUGAUCUUUGACCUAGUGUUUUCUGAACCUCUUGUGGUCCGUGUUGAGAAGAAGGUAUUGAUAAAACAUAUAGAUUAUUUAGUGAAUUAAUAGCAGUCAUUUCAAUCAGGGCAGCUGGACAGCGGUGAACAAAGGCACUAGGAAUGAUCUCUGUAAAUGAACACACUUGUUAAAUAAGAUGUUUUUAAUCUCAGACCAGGGGGUUGUGAUAUAGAUAUUCAGUAUAAUCUCAUUUACUUGCUGUUAGAUUGAAGUGAACCGAUGAAAUGGGACAGCCCCACAGCCUCUGAAUGUUUUGUUCCUUUGUAAAUGAUGAGUGAUCCGGUAAACACUGACCUAGGAUGCAUCCCAAAUCGUAUCCUAUCCUCAAUAUAGUGCACUACUGUAGACCAGAGCCCUAUGGAGGGUAGUGCACCACUUUAGACCAGAGCCCUAUGGAGGGUAGUGCACCACUUUAGACCAGAGCCCUAUGGAGGGUAGUGCACUACUUUAGACCAGAGCCCUAUGGAGGGUAGUGCACUACUUUAGACCAGAGCCCUAUGGAGGGUAGUGCACUACUUUAGACCAGAGCCCUAUGGAGGGUAGUGCACUACUUUAGACCAGAGUCCUAUGGAGGGUAGUGCACUACUUUAGACCAGAGCCCUAUGGACCCUGGUCUAGAGCCCUAUGGACCCUGGACUAGAGUCCUAUGGACCCUGGUCUAGAGCCCUAUGGACCCUGGACUAGAGUCCUAUGGACCCUGGUCUAGAGUCCUAUGGACCCUGGACUAGAGCCCUAUGGACCCUGGUCUAGAGCCCUGUGGACCCUGGACUAGAGUCCUAUGGACCCUGGACUAGAACCCUAUGGACCCUGGUCUAGAGCCCUGUGGACCCUGGACUAGAGCCCUAUGGACCCUGGACUAGAGCCCUAUGGACCCUGGUCUAGAGCCCUAUGGACCCUGGUCUAGAGCCCUAUGGUCUAGAGCCCCAUGGACCCUGGUCUAGAGCCCUAUGGACCCUGGUCUAGAGCCCUAUGGUCCCUGGUCUAGAGCCCUGUGGACCCUGGACUAGAGUCCUAUGGACCCUGGUCUAGAGCCCUAUGGUCCCUGGUCUAGAGCCCCAUGGACCCUGGUCUAGAGCCCUAUGGUCCCUGGUCUAGAGCCCUAUGGACCCUGGUCUAGAACCCUAUGGACCCUGGUCUAGAACCCUAUGGACCCUGGACUAGAACCCUAUGGACCCUGGACUAGAGCCCUAUGGACCCUGGUCUAGAACCCUAUGGACUCUGGUCUAGAGCCAUAUGGACCCUGGUCUAGAACCCUAUGGACCCUGGACUAGAACCCUAUGGACCCUGGACUAGAGCCCUAUGGACCCUGGUCUAGAACCCUAUGGACCCUGGACUAGAGCCCUAUGGACCCUGGUCUAGAGCCCUGUGGACCCUGGUCUAGAACCCUAUGGACCCUGGACUAGAGCCCUAUGGACCCUGGUCUAGAGCCCUGUGGACCCUGGUCUAGAACCCUAUGGACCCUGGACCAGAGUCCUAUGGGACACUACCUUUAAUGUCUGUUUAUAACUUAUAAGACAUUAUUAAAUAGCUUGUUAAUAAUUUAGUAAAUAAACUGUUUAUCAAUCAGUAUUUAUAAGUUCAUAUAUUUAUUAAAAUAAACUACCUAAUAAUGUUUAUAAGAGCUUAAUAAGCAGACAUAUAGUGGUAAUAAUGUGUGGAUAUUGAUACAAAACCAUGGCACUGUUCCUUUCACAAUUAUACACUCAUCUUUUUAUUAAAAUUACUAAAUAAAAUACAAGUUUUUGAUUUA